UGAUUUCUGAGCUUUAGAUUUGUAGCCUUAUGCAGAUAUUCAUUCACUUUUUUUUUAGAGUAAAGAUAUUCAUCACUAGAAUGGUGCUGAGCCUGAAAUUACUUUUGGUUGUGAUGUUUUCUUAUGGAUUUGGAUGUUUGUUAUUAUCAUUUCCGUUUCAGACAAUACAGAGUCAAGGUUCAGACUCAGGGUAAUUUUCUGUUGCACUGAUAUACAGACUGAAUGAUGUCCUCAAAAAAAAUAUACACAGACUGAGUGGGGUUUGCGAUAUGUUCACUAUGUUUCAGGAUUCAGGAAUUGGCUUCUGGAACAUAUCAGGAGAAAAAACCCUAUCUAUCAACUAAUAGUUGUAUACUUGUAUAGGCAAAGGUUUCCAGUAAGAGGAUGAAAUUUUAUAAAUCCAUGGUGUUUUAAAUAAUUGUGUUGUUAAAGUCGUGCGCCUGGUAAGGUGCAGAAAGAAGUUAUCUCAGGGAACAUCUUCUUUUAGUGGACUUUGUUGUGUAAAAAACAUGGUUACAUAUAUGCUGGUUUAGGAAAGAAAAAUAGUUUGGCUGUAGAUAUUUACUACCUGGAAUUUGGCUUUCAAGAAGCCUGACCUUCUAUUGAACAUUGCCUAAUUGGUCAUAGGCAAGCACCAACCGCUUCAGUUGUAUGCUUGUUUCAAGGAGCUAACUGAAGCGCUUGUCAUGCUUAUAUGAACAUUUUUGUUACUGUUGCUCUUUUACUACCACUUCAGUUUGUAUCACAUCUCAUGCUAUGCAUCUUUCUUGUUCUUACCCACUUUUUUCCCUCAGUCCUGAAGGAUCUGAAGUAUGCUGACACACAUGAAUGGGUGAAGGUCGAGGACGGUUCAGCAACUAUUGGGAUUACUGACCAUGCUCAGGACCAUUUGGGUGAUGUCGUGUAUGUGGAGCUGCCAGAAGUGGGUAACAGUGUAUACCAGGUAAAGAAGUUUGGUGCUGUUGAAAGGGUGAAGGCAACCAGUGAUAUUAACUCACCUGUAUCUGGAGAGGUCGUUGAAGUGAAUGGGAAACUAAGCGAGGAACCUGGAUUGGUCAAUGCAAGUUCAUAUGACCAUGGAUGGAUUAUCAAGGUCAAGCUCAGUGAUUCAGGUGAGCUCAGUUCGCUGAUGGAUGAUGAGAAGUACUUGAAAUUCUGUGAGGAAGAAGACAAGCAUUGAACAAACAAGAGGUGCUUGUGAGUGCCAAAAACCUGUAUUUCUAGCUUUUAUCAUGGGAUUUGAACUGCCAUAAAAUAUUUGCGUCUUGUAACCCACUUUUUCAAGUUGUCAAUUUUUUAUCAUAUGGAAUAAAAUAGUUUUGGGAUAUA